GUGAGACCUUCGCCUGAGGCUGAGUGAAAUUUUGGCGUAAAAGUAAAUUUCAGAUUCAGCAUUUAUUUGCUCCUCAACUAUGGCUAAACAAGGUUCAAAAUUACACGAGGAGAGUUCAGCUGGUUGGAGUGAAACCGUUGCUGCUAUAGUUGUAGGUGUCAUGUGUGUUGCCUUUGGAGUUCCUUUGUGGUGGAAAACAACAACUACAUACAGAGCAUCUCUGCCAUAUAAUGAUAUUGAACAGGUCUUUAAACAAGAGACAACAUGCAAGAUUCCCAUAACACUGGUUUUGUGCAGUCAACAGUCAGAUAGUGGCUCAUCAGUAAAGGAGCUAGAAGCACAGCUGGCAAGGUCUUUGAUGUCAGGACAAGAUGGAAGUUCUUCUCUUGGUAUGCAAUACUCCAUUUAUUCCAGGAAUUGUUUAACAGCUGAAAGGAGAUUUAUGGAAGAAUCAUCAUCAGUAAAAGAAUUUGACAGGAAACUGUCUACUCUGCACCAGGACUCUGUUGGUCAGAUCACUUUGUAUAUCUUGGGAGAUUCCUCGGUCUAUUUCCCAGACAAGAAGAUAAAUAUUCAUGUGGGGCAACAUAGAGCUAUUUACAUCAAAGGUUCAAAGCUGGAAGCUCCUUUAGAAUUGACAGCAGAAUUGAUCAAGACUGUGAUAGUGUCUGAAGCCAGUCUGGACAAACAUUACAAGACUGCCAGAGGUGUCAUCCACACAGUGGCUGAUCUGGAAAGCAUGCGUUCCUUCCGUUACAAUCCUGGCUACGAACUCUCUUUCACCUUGCUCAUCCCAGAACCUCACAACAUUCUGGGCCACUGGAAUCUAGAGAAGGAUCAGCAAGUUUAUUUGGACCCAAUGACGAGGAAGCUUGAAGAAUUUGCCGAGUUCACAGUGGCCUCCCAGGUCCUCUACUACACAGGUCUCUCUGUCAAACCAAAGAAGAAAGAUUCCUCAUUCUACUUUCCUCACAGUUCACUACCCCACAUUAUUACUCCAGUGGAAGCCAAGCUAGGAUCGCAUGUGACCAACUUUCCCAAUCUCAACUUUAUAGUCUACAUUCCCCGCGUGGAUCAGUCUCCUUUGUACAUUCACUCCAGCGAUGGAAACCCAGUAAGCACCAAUGCAUUCCUGAGUCCUAGAUGGGGUGGAGUUUUGAUCUAUAAUACACCAAUCCCAGAUGAAAAUGCUACAAGUCCACUACGGGUAGAGGUGAAAAGUCAGGUCAUCAUGCCAGUCUUUUUGGCUCAGUUAAGAUUACUUCUUGGAAUUCCAUCUCCAGAUAAUAUUGAAUCUGUACUAUUAGAGGAACCCAAGGAGCAAUCCAUCUUGGAUUGGGAAUAUGAUAGUCUUCUGAGAAGGCACUGCAUCGAAAACCUAGCCUCAGCUUCAGCCUCACUCUUUUCUCUCUCCCAACUUCUUGAGAAAAUAAGCAAUAUUGUGAUCAAUGAUGACAUAGCAAAACAAGUUUACACAGCGGUUGAGAGUAUACAAAGUGGUCACCGCUUCCUGGCAGAGGGUAAGCUUCACCCUGCUUUCCAUGCAUCAAAGAGGGCGCUAAUAGCUUCGGAAAAAGCUUUCUUUGACCCUUCGCUUCUUCAGCUUCUUUACUUUCCUGAUGAUCAAAAAUUUGCAAUCUACAUUCCUCUGUUCUUGCCUGUCAGUAUACCAGUGGUCUUGUCCCUCUUCAAGGCUGUACAAUGGAUCAGACAACAAAGAAGAAAAGACAAAGUCGACUGAAGAUCAAAGUGAUGACUAUUUGAAAUUUGAGUAAAUUAUUUGUGCAAAGUUUUCAAUGAUUUGACCUUUUUCUGUGAAACUCUUGAGUGAAUUGUCACAAAGGUAUGUUCAUGACUCCAGGGGCCUGUAACACAAAGCUUAGCAAUCAUCGUAAUCAUUUUGUUGCGAUCGAUUGCAUUGAUUACAAUGUGUAAUUCAUCAUGAAUAUUAAGUAUACAAUUAAUCAGUAACCUUUGUGUCAUAGGACCCAGGUCAGGCUUAGGUGGCCAUGCACAUGUUAUUUAACGCAUGGUUUCAUUGGUGGAUGUGCAUGUCCCUUGAUUAUCUGACCAAUGCGUUGCGUUUCAUACCACACUCAUCUGGG